AUGACAGGGUCGAAAUCUUCAAACAUAAUAUUUGGAGGAAAGAUUGUUGUCUUCGAUGGUGAUUUCCGGAAAAUUCUACCAGUUAUACCAAGGGAAAUUCGUUCUGAUUUUAUUCAUGCCACUAUUAAUUCAUCAUACAUAUGGGAUCAUUGUAAGGCUCUCAGGCUUACAAAGAACAAGAGACUUCAACGGUCCAGUAUCUUUGAAUUGGAACAAUUUUCAAACUGGAUAUUACAAGUUGGAAAUGGAAAAUUGGAUGAACCUAAUAAUGGCUAUGCAAAUAUUUCCAUUCCUUCGAAAUUGUUAAUCACUGAAUUUGAAGAUUCCAUCCAAUCCAUUAUCCAAUUCGCAUAUCCAAACUUUGAACAAAAUUACCAGAAUGAACAUUUCUUACAAUGUAGAGUAAUUUUGGCAGGAACCAUUGAGAUAGUUGAUGUUAUCAACCAGUAUAUUUUAGGUUUGAUUCAAGGAGAAGAAAGGGAAUAUUUAAGCUCUGAUACAGUGGACAUAUAUGAUGUCAAUGGCAAUGAAGCUUUUGAUGUUUUGACCAUAAAAUUUAUUAACAUACUUACAACAUCGGGUCUUCCUAAUCACCAGAUUACAUUGAAGAUCGGCACACCAAUAAUGCUUCUCAGAAAUAUUGACCAGUCUGAGGGACUUUGCAAUGGAACACAACUUAUUUUAACAAGAUUGGAAAAGCAUGUUAUAGAAGCAAAUAUUAUAUAUGGAUAUUCCAUAAAUGGACAUUUCUUCUACACAGUCGCCAUAUUUGUUUAA